CCCACUCUUCUUUCAGGGGAAAUAAAUAUCAUCAUCAUCAAGAAACCAAAUUAUUUUGUGCGCUUCAACCAAACUAAAACCAAACCUUGCUGUCAAAAAUUAAAUGAGGAUGAGAUGAAGAAAACAAAUAUCCAAAGAAGAAGAAAAGGUCGUUGCAGAAAAUGACUAGUACUACUACAACUAGUAUUAGCCUCUGCUCUUUCAUUUCAUCUCCUUCUCUACCUUUCUUCUUCUCUUCUCCGAUUUCACCACGGUUCCUCACUCUUCGAAUCCCGACCACACGCUCUAGGUUUCCGACGACGACAGAUUCCCGUCGUAGGUUUCCUCCUCGGUCUUCUUCAUUCGCCGCCGCUGCCGUGAUGUUUCCUGAAAAUUCGGUUUUAUCGGAUUUAAGCGCGUGUGGGAUCACCGGCAUCAUCGCCUUCUCGUGCCUCACUUUCUGGGGUGAGAUUGGCAAACGUGGCUUCUUCGACCAGAAACUCAUCCGGAAGCUUGUGCAUAUAAAUAUUGGGCUAGUUUUUAUGCUUUGCUGGCCGCUCUUCAGUUCUGGAAUCCAAGGAGCGCUUUUUGCAUCUCUUGUACCUGGACUCAAUAUAAUAAGGGUGCUAUUGCUAGGCCUUGGAGUGUACCACGAUGAAGGAACCAUCAAGUCAAUGAGUAGACAUGGAGAUCGCAGGGAACUACUUAAAGGACCUCUUUAUUAUGCACUCUCAAUCACAGUGGCCUGUAUCUUCUGUUGGAAAACAUCCCCAGUCGCUAUUGCAGUAAUAUGCAACCUUUGCGCUGGAGAUGGUAUGGCUGACAUUGUGGGGAGGCGGCUUGGAACAGAGAGGCUUCCUUACAACAGAAACAAAUCAUUUGCUGGUAGCAUUGGAAUGGCCACCGCCGGGUUCUUAGCUUCUGUUGGCUAUAUGUACUACUUUGCUUCAUUUGGUUACAUCAAGGAUAGCGUGGGAAUGAUUCUUCGUUUCGCCGUCAUCUCUAUAGCAUCAGCUCUUGUGGAGUCACUCCCCAUAAGCACCGACAUUGACGACAAUCUCACCAUCUCUUUAACCUCUGCACUGGUCGGUGUUCUACUCUUCUAAUAAUGCCGUCCCUUUGUUCUGUAUCAUCAAAUAAAGGGCUCAGCUAGAUUGCCCCGGGGAGGUAAAACUGCAUUCAUAAUCCCCAUCUUCUUGUAUAUGUACGUAUUAGUGAAAAAUCUCAUAUUGUUGUUGUCCAUGGAUCUUAUUUUUCAGCUGCAAUUGCAGCUAGGUACAAUGUUGUAAUGUUCUAUCCAAUAGUGAGAAAUAUGACGACUUUACAGACG